AUGAUUAAAAAUUUACCAAAUAUUUUGUCAUUGGCCUUGUUAAUGACUGAUAAAUGUCUUGCUGCAUAUGUCCCAACUGGCUCUUCAUCAUGGACUACAUUGACUCCAACCACCACUUUGUCCGGGGUUCAAACAGACUAUUCCGGGACUUUUGGUAUUGCUAUUAUGCCUGUUAACAGUGUCAGUUCUGCGUCAGGAUCUGCCACUACUGAUGAUAUAACUGCUUCUUUGAUCGCCAAAAGAGAUUAUGUUUCCACUGUUGUGCAGCCUGUCAGCCAAAUUGGUGAUGGACAAAUACAGGGUACUUACACCUAUAUUACAACCGUCAAACAGAAUGCAGGUGCUAGUACUGUCUAUGUCACACAAACAUCUACUACCACAAACACUGCUACUCAAACACAGACACAAACAGCCACUUCCACCCAUACCUUAAGUAAGACUACCACUGCCACUUCUAAAUGUGACAACUGUGUAACUUCUAAUACCGUUUUCACUUUGACUGAUUCUGAUGAAGCAACAACCACUGCCUGUGAUUAUACUACUUAUACCACUGCUGUUCUCGGAACAACAUAUAUCGUCCAAUCAACUUUGGAUAACUGUGAAGCAGUCGUCCCUUCAACCACCAGUGAAGAUGAAAUUACCACCAUAUAUUCCACAUAUAGCAAUUACCCAACUACUACUGCCAACUCCACUAAUGCUUUCACAAGUAUAUACGCAUCUGUUUCGACUACUCUUGCCACUUCUACCUACUCAUCCGCUUCCUCAACCGCCACCGGAGAAUCUUCUACCGGUAUGACCUCUUGUAAGGUCAAAGGAACCUUGACUUUGACAUUACACGAUUCCAUCUUAGUGGAUUCCUCUAAUCGUAUCGGAUCUAUCGUUUCCAAUCGUCAAUUUCAAUUUGAUGGACCAACUCCUCAGGCUGGUGCCAUAUAUGCUGCAGGUUGGGGUGUUUUGGACGGUCGCUUAGCCCUUGCCAACAGUACUGUCUUUUAUCAGUGUUUGUCUGGUACCUUUUACAACCUCUACGAUGAAAAUAUUGGGGCCCAAUGUUCUCCAGUUUACCUAGAAGUCGUUAAAUUGGUCGACUGUUGA